GUCCGUUUAAAAGGAAAUCAAUUGAAUUCAGUUCUUGCCUCUUGCAAGGCGCAAAUGCUGUGGCUCCAGUCUGUUGGCCUCCUGUUGAGACUCUGCCUCGUCUAGCGCUACUAUGUUCAAGCUAGCCUUCCCAUAAAGUUUGGGUUCUUGCGCAAAUCUCGCACCUUGAGCUUGCAGAAGGGUCGCCAUGCACAACGCGUAUCGGCGUGCGAAAUUUUUUCCUUGUUUCUCGAUUGUCAUAGUCUGCUUCAAGGGCGUCACCCGCGUUUCUCUGUCUAGCCCUGUCGAACGUCCGGGCGGUCAAAGUGACUGCAGUGUGCGCUUCCUCCGGGGGAUCCUUCACUCUACCGCCACCCUUCAUCGGGUAAGAUGGCGAGGAACAGCAUCACUCUCUCUUUCAAAAACGUUCUUGCUAGACUCUUUUCCCAGAAAGGCCUUCCCGAUCCCCGCAAACAUCCGGUAUGUAAGGUCACAGAUGCGGUCGAGGAAAACUCAAGCGCGGAUGUGCUUGAGACUCCGCAAGGUCCUGCAGAGGCUCAUGCUCCUACGCAAGCGCAUCGGCAGGGAUAUUCUCUGUUGAUCAGGACGCCAACAGAACCGAAAUUCCCCGCUCUCCUUUUUUCGGAAACAGGAGAGGAACACGGCUGCUCCGACUCCGAGCAGAGUUCCUCAGAUACGGAAGUCUUUGUGGCGAAUCAAACAGUGCAGUCUCAGCAGGCUUCGCGAACUGAAGAAAAACGACAGCGCAUUGCUCGUCUGCGUCUGGACCCUUUUUUAAUUAGCUUCCCUAUGUAUCCAGCAGUAUUGACGUUUUCUGACUGCAGCGAGUCCGUUGAUGGGACAAGCUGUUCCAGCACAGCCGGACCACUUUCACCGUCCAGCGCCUUCACUGAGCAGGAUGACUUGCCUGCGACAUCUUUUGCAAGCAGACUAAAUGAGUACGCCAGCGGGAAUGGCGACAACCGAGAACUCGUAGAAAUGGAGAAGCUGUUUUCAGACAAGGACUAUGAAAGGACGUAUCCCUGUGAGGAUGCUGAUGCCUUCAGCCCACAAGUGUCUCCACUCCGCGGUUCUGACCUGUUGGCCCAUCCGGUUGACGUGACGACGACGGCACAAAUGACCUAUAUAACGCAUUCCGCUAUAUUUCGGCGGAGUAUAAGGAGGAGCUGCAGUGAAAAUUUUAUCACCGAUGCAACUCCGCAUCCGAAACAAGAUCCGGACGCGGGAUGCCAGUCGAAAAGGUACUUGUCAGAUCCGGCCACGGAUGCACGAACCACCACUAGCGGCUUCUUAGAAAGAAAUACUCGACUGUCGUACCGUGCAAUGCUUCAACUGCCGAUGAAAAGAAAGAAAAGGUCCCCACCGGCGACAUUGAAUGGCCCGUUUCUUUACGACGUUGACGAUAUGGCUUCGUGCGCGUGUGGGUUUCAGUUGGCAUCCGCGUUCGUUAGAGUGCAAGCAGACAACUUGCAGAGUUCCGGCUCGUGAUGAGGAGAGUGAAUUCAAACACAACAAAAGUGAAACAUGAGGGAAAUACCAACGUAUCUUCGGUUGCGUGACUUGUUCGGUAUCCUAACUAAUUUUUUCAAACUCCGAAGCAGCUGUGGAUCAAGAGUGCACCACUGUUCCCCGAGGCUGUAGAUGCAACCUCACGCACUUGAUCUUGCAACGAGACGACUCUCUUUCAUCCCUGUCAUUUCUCUGGACGCAAAACCCACCACAGAAAACAACAUUUUCGGAAUCACUUAAAACAUAC